UCUCGAGCCUUUGCCUUCUCAACCAACCCCUCCCCAUUCGUUUUUAUAUUCCUUGGUCCGAAUCGCCUGAGAAAGUCUCCGUUUCCUCCCUCCCUCCCUCCAAAAAUCUUCGAAAUCGAAUGGAGAUGGGCAUGGAGAUGGCGGGCUCCGGUGUCGAUCGCGCUCUUUCCCACUCACGGAAGGUGUUUCCGGCGACGAAGCGGCGAACUCGAAGGGCUCCCACGGUAUGCAGUUGUCGUCCGACGUUGAACUUUCGAAAUUAGGGUUUCGAACGGUUUCUUGUUGUAGGUUAAAAGCUUUUGCUCUGUAAAACGUGUUUUCUAUGGUUUCUGGAAAGAAUUAAGUGGUUCUUGGGGUCUGUGAGGGUUUGUUUCCUCCCCCCUCUCCCCCCCCCCACCCCAAAACAAAGGAAAAAAGUUCUUUCUUUAAUUUCCUAGGUUCAAUUCAAGGGAAUUCAUGAGAUUCGUGGCGGGUUUUGGUUCUUAGAGUCGUUUGUUUCCUCCCACGCCCCCUACCCCAAAACAAAGGAAAAAAAGUUCUUUCUUUAAUUUCCUACGUGGUGGUUCUGGUUCUUAGAGUUGUUUGUGUGGUUUUCUUGGGUUCGAAUGGAAGCAAAUGUUCGAAUACCUCUGUUUUGUUGUGCUCUUGGGUCUUCAGUGCUAGAACCGGGGCAGAAUUCUAAAGCAAGGGUUUCUUGAACUGCCUUCUUGAAGAUUUGGUACUCUUAGUGCUGUUUUGGGUGCUGAAAAGAGGAUUUGUAAGAGAUCUGAGGAAUUUUCAGGGUUCUUGAGUGAUCUGUGAAGUUUCCUUUUUCUAAAUGGCAGUAAAUAUUUGAAUACCUUCGUGUUAUUGGGUACUCGGCGCAGUUACUUUAUAAAGAAAAGAAGAGUUGUAAAUCUAUGGUCUCUUGAACUUUCUACAUAAGGUUUGUUGCUUUUAGGGUUUAUCUGGUUCAGAAACGAAAUUUCUUGGGUAAGUCGAAGAGAUUGAAGUGCUUUAAUCGUCUGAGAUGGUGGGAAAAGAAUUAGUACCUGGGAAGGCAGCCACACUGGAUCUGAGGGAGGUGUCAGCUAGGAGAACUCUUCAUGAUGUCCGGCAGAAAGGGCAUACAUAUGUGGAGCUGAGACAAGUUGGGAAGCACAGCAUAUUCUUCUGCACCCUCUGCCUCACUGAAUGCUACAAUGAGAGGGUGCUGUCCGAUCAUCUCAAGGGAAGUCUCCAUGCCCGUAGAUAUGCUGGUGCCAAAAUUACUCUCUUUGCCCCCAACCCAUGGCCUUUUAGCGAUGGUGUUCUGUUCUUCACUAAUCUUUAUGCAGAUGAUCCAUUCUUAUCAGUUUUAUUUUCUCAGAAGUCUCUAAUUGCUGGUGAACAUAGUUCUGGGGAUAAAAAUGAAUUGAAUUCAAGGUUUGCCGAUAGCAGCACUGUGAAUUUAAGUUCUGCAGAUACUGGUUGUGAUCUUAAUAGGAAUGCUGGUGAUCCUAGUAUUGGAGUCGAUGUAGAUGGCCAAAGAAGUUCUUCAAGAGGCAGUGGUUUGGACCUGGCUCGGAACGGUCUUGAAAAGACUUCAAACCACAACGAGACAGAUAGUUGUCUGACAAUUCCUGGGGUCUUGCUUAAGGAGGAGGUUUCAAAUUUGAAUGUACGGCUUUUAGGGAUUGGUCACAUUGCAUGUAGAAUCCUCGAAACCAAUGAAGUUUGUGGUAAGGUAACCAGAAUGUGGUGUGCUUGGUUGGGACAGGGGGAGGUUGACGGCAGCAACAAGUGGAAGUCGUCACCAAAUUGUGAGUUUGCUAUAGUUAAUUUUUCUUACACAUAUGGCCUGGGCAGAAAUUGGCCUUCAGAUGAUCAAGACCCUCCCGCGUCCCCUGGCUCUGUGCUUGAAAUUGAUGACACUGGGCGUCAGAGAAAGAAGAGAAAGAAAUCAUGCUUGAAUCAGGAAAAAACUACUGAGGAUCCGACAAUUCAUUGUGGGUCCUCUGUCCAAGAUUGUCCAGGGAUGGAUGAUUCUGCUGCAGAUGCUCCAGAGAAGCUUCAAACAAGACUUAUAUCAAGCAAGACUGCUAGGCAAGAGUUGAGGAAGCAGAAGCGCUUGGCGUCUGAAAGAGCCUGUGAUAUUUGUCGGCAACCAAUGCUUCCUGGAAAGGAUGUGGCGACCUUGUUAAAUUGCAAGACUGGUAAAUUAGCUUGUAGCAGCAGAAACACUAACGGGGCUUUUCAUCUAUUCCACAUUUCCUGCCUCAUACACUGGGUUCUUCUCUGUGAGAUGGAAAUAUUGUCUAAUCAGUCAAAUAACUCAAAAGCCACUCGAGGACGCAAGGGGAAAGCAACUCAGAAAGACCGUUUCUCUUCUGUGUUUUGUCCAGACUGUCAUGGAACUGGCAUAUGUAUUAAAGGGGAGGAACUUGAAAAACCAGACCUUUCAUUGUCUGAGAUGUUCCACUAUAAACUGAAAGCCCUUGAGGGGCACAAGGCAUGGAUGAAAAAUCCUGAAAUUCUGCAGACAUGCUCUACCGGUCUUCAUUUUCCUUCCGAGUCUGUAGAUAAUUCUCAGGAAAAGGUGAUGCCGCUAAAAUUGCUGCAUUUCUACAGAGCUGAUGCACAGUAGUAGACAAAAUUACGAAGCGCAAAGUGCUUAGACUGUCCGCUCAUAGCUGCACAUCAACUGGUGGAUGACUUUGAAUGGGUUUCUGCAUAUAUUUGAGAAUGUAGAAAGAGAGUAGUUGCUUAUCAUGAUAUAUCUGCAGUCUCAAUGAUGUCGCAGUAACUGUAGCUGUGUUCAUGUUGGUGUAUCAGCAUAGUUGUCAGUCAUAUACAUAGCACUGUGUAUAUUCUAGAUGUCUAGCUGUAGUAAUUGUACCUGAAUUGACUGAAGUAAUGGCUUCAUGUAUCUUUCUCGCAGCUCAUGUCUUCUUUUAGGUGAUAUCUUCUUUUAGGUGAUUAUAACUCAAGAAAAGAUGUAAAUACUU